ACGCGUUUUGCCGCUUGUUUUGGAAAUGCCGUCCUGCCGUCGUCCGUUUGACGCCAACAAACAGAUCGAGUUUUCGUGGAACGUCGAUCCUCGCUCCCCUCUCCUCGCUGCCAUCUUACCACAAUCAAAGGCCGUUGCCUCACUACUCACAUCUUCUCUCUUGGAAAACCCGAGCUGUCCUUGCCGUCUCUCCAGAGUUUCUAUUGUGCACUGUAGUCAAGAUGAUGUCCUCCUACCAUCACUUUGACGCUCAUCCUUCAUCGGAUCAGCAGCAGCAACAGCAACAACAGCAGCAACAGUCUCAUCAUCACCAUCAUCACAAGAAACGAUCUCGAUCCAACGCUUCCGAUGACCAUGGCGAUCCUUCGGAACCUCAAAAGUUUGUCAAUUUGCCGUUUUACGGAGAACACAAGAGAGCUGUAUCGUCUGUGAAACUGGCGCCGGCUCGAUUGACCAAGAAUCGACAGCCAGCUCCGGACAGUAUCAGCAACAUGGUGGCGUUUUGUGCCAGCGCUUCUUCCGAUGGAACGGUCAAGAUUUUCGAUUUGGGUGCCAGUGCGGCCACAACCACAACCCCCGUCGAUGCCACUUCUAGUAGUUCUCCUCAAUUGUCCGGCAAGGCAUUGUUGAAUCCAGUUACUACCCUUGUGGGACACGCCAGAGGCAUUAACGAUGUAGCGUGGAGUCCAGAUUCUCCCAUGGUGGCCACGGCAUCGGAUGACAAGACGUUGCGACUGUGGGAUGCCGUGACGGGAGACGCAUUGGUGGAAUUUCGAGGUCACGAUAAUUUUGUGUUUUGUACACAAAUCUACCAGAAUUUGCUGGUAUCGGGUAGUUUUGAUGAGACGGUCAAAUUGUGGGAUGUUCGAUCGGGAGAAUGUGUCUCCACAUUACCCGUUCAUUCCGAUCCAGUGACAGCAGUCUCCUUUAAUCGUGAUGGAACUUGCCUAACGAGCGCCAGUCAUGAUGGAUUGAUCCGGAUAUGGGAUGUUGCCACGGGGGAAUGCUUAAAGACUAUCUUUGCGGCAGGCAACCCACCAGUCUCCCAUGUCACGUACAGCCCCAAUGGCAAGUACAUUUUGGCCGGAACACUCGACUCCAAACUCCGCCUAUGGAACGUGGGACAACGAGGUUCCAACAAAUGCACGAAGACCUACGAAACAUUCUCUUCGAAAGAUCAAGAGCCGCUACACGUGAAUAACAAAUACUGCAUUGUCAGUGAUUUUUUGACCUGUCGACCGGAUCGACAAUGCAUCGUCACGGGAUCCGAAACUGGAAAGAUUAUUCUCUACGACAUUAACUCGCGAAAGGUGCACCAAGUCCUAGAAGGACACACCGAUGCGGUCUUGGCCGUGGAUGCUCAUGAGAGUCAAGAACUCAUUGCUUCAGGGGGGAUGACACAAGACAAGACUGUACAGUUCUGGGCUCCCUUGGGUGGCAGCGCGGGAUAUACCAAGCGACACAAGCGAUGAGGCUCGCAGCAAUUUUAUUAAACGUGCAGGUAGUUUGUGCGUUGGGACUACCGUAGCAACUGGUAGAAGUGACGAGUCCACUGUUAAGCUUUGGCUACCGUAGCUAGUAGCCCGCACCUCUGCUAUAGCAAGUUGCAGUCUCAAACAGCUCCAGCCAGGAGGGUAACGUAUAUUGUAUGAGAAAGCCAAGUUGAGCCCAAAAAAGCUUCGAGCAAUUGAGGUAGGAACUCUAGGUAGAUAGCGGUAACGAACUAGAAGAGCAAAUGAAGACCACGCCUCCGGUGCGUCAUGAGUCAAGUCUCUAAUGUGUCUGGACACUACCUGUUCAUUCUGAAUUAGUGACAGCUGUGUCCUUCAAUUAGGAUGGAACUUGUUUGGUGUCGGCCUGUCAUGAUGGAUUGAUACGGAUAUGGGAUGUUGUCACAGGGGGAAUGCUUAAAGACUAUCU